CAAGUACUCAGCUGUUCGGUAACCAAGGCUAACGAUUGUAGUCCCCUGCUUCUCUCGCCAAAUUCGUUCGUUACGCGAACGAAAAACCGCUACGUACGCCCGAAUUCGUCAAUGGUUUUUAGAUUUCAGUAACCGUUAGUGUCGGAAUUUAGAGUCGGCUGUAGUAUUUGUGAAUUUCAGCCAAAAUGAUAACAAUUGUACCGAAGACCAUUCAGGUCACUGGGCUAAGUAGUCCUGUCCGAGGAGCUGCCAAGAAAGCUUUGUUGGCAAAACUUAAUAAAUUGACGGUCAGUUCCUCUAACAUAGAACAGAAAGCAUCUUACCAUGAAGUUACCGGUGACAUCAUUUGUCCGUCAAUGGUCCAGGGAAUCGACCAUAUUCGAGACCCUCGACUUAACAAGGGUUUGGCUUUUACUCUAGAAGAACGGCAAGCUUUAGGAAUUCAUGGAUUAAUGCCUGGUCGCUUCAAAACUCAAGAACAGCAGCUAGAAGUUUGUCGUUUUAGUGUUAUGAAAUACCAAGAAGAUCUCAAUCGUUUCCUGUACCUCUCUGAAUUACAGGAUCGAAACGAACGAUUGUUUUUCCGACUAUUGUCAGAAAAUGUUGAGACACUCAUGCCAAUUGUCUACACCCCUACUGUUGGUCUGGCUUGUCAGAAGUUUGGACUGAUCUAUAGAAGACCGAGGGGGCUUUUUAUCACGAUUAAUGAUAAAGGACACUGCUUUGAUCUCCUUAAAAACUGGCCGGAACCAGAUGUACGAGCUAUAGUUGUGACUGAUGGUGAGCGCAUUCUUGGUCUUGGGGACUUAGGUGCAUGCGGUAUGGGUAUUCCGGUCGGAAAGCUCUCAUUGUAUACCGCCCUCGCCGGCAUCAAGCCACAUCAGUGUCUACCUAUCACUCUUGAUGUUGGCACCAACAACGAAAAGCUCCUCAACGACCCACUUUACAUUGGUCUCCGGCAGAAGCGUGUUUUCGGGCCAGAAUACGAUGAGCUUGUCGACGAAUUCAUGGAGGCUGUUGUCAAACGCUAUGGUCAAAAUACACUCAUUCAGUUUGAAGACUUUGGAAACCAUAAUGCAUUCCGCUUCCUCGACAAGUACCGAGACAAGUAUUGUACUUUCAAUGAUGACAUUCAAGGAACAGCUGCAGUUGCCGUUGCAGGACUCUACGCUUCUCGAAGAAUUACUGGCAAAAAAAUGUCAGAUUGUAAAUACUUGUUCUUAGGUGCUGGAGAAGCUGCGUUAGGUAUUGCCAACUUGUGCGUUAAAGCCAUGCAGACUGAGGGCUCAACUAUACAGGAGGCAAGAGAUAAAAUUUGGAUGAUGGAUAUUGAUGGAUUAUUGGUAAAAGAUCGUCCAGAAGGAGGCCUCCAUGGUUAUAAACAGUUCUUCGCCAAGGACCACAAAGUUAUGAAAAAUCUAGCCGAUGUAGUCAAAGAAAUUCAACCAUCAAUAUUAAUUGGUGCAUCCGCUGCAGGUGGUGCUUUCACGCCAGAAGUCUUAAGUGAUAUGGGAAAGUUCAACGAACGUCCCAUCAUUUUUGCUCUGAGUAACCCAACCAGCAAAGCUGAAUGUACCGCUGAGCAAGCGUACACCCAUACUGAAGGUAGAUGUAUUUUUGCCAGUGGCUCACCAUUCCCACCAGUUGAGUACAAUGGAAAGAAGUUCUUCCCUGGUCAGGGCAACAAUGCAUACAUCUUCCCAGGAGUAGCUCUUGGUGUUAUUGCUGGUGGUUUACACCAUAUUACUGAGGAUCUUUUCCUGAUCUCUGCUCAAGUUGUUUCGGAUUAUGUGACGGAAGAAGAUAUCUCAAAGGGUAGUUUAUACCCUCCAUUGGGUAAAAUCAAGGAAUGCUCCGUAGAAAUCGCUGAAAAAAUUGUGACCUAUGCAUACAGUAAAGGUACUGCCUCUCAUUACCCUGAACCAGCUAACAAGCGAGCUUACAUUGAAAGUCUAAUGUAUAACUACAACUAUGACUGCCCUCUUCCAGCAACGUACCCAUGGCCAAAGGAGGCUUCAGAGCCAGUCAUGGAAACUGAAGCUCUCCAUGGAACGAGUGGAGAACACUUAAAAACACCAGAAAAGUUUUUCAAAACUUAAAAUGUUAUCUUAAAAUCUUAAAACGAUCAUAGUUUUCAAAACUAGCAAAUCACUUGUUCUGUGUGUACUGUUAUUCGAGUACUUUGUUUAUCUAGUCUAACUAAUCGAUUAAUUAAUUUAAAGUAAGAAUCUUAAUGUCUAGUUGGUACCCUUGCUUCUUGGUUUGUAGUCCAUGUCCGAAAUAUUCCUCUUUCAAAACACUUACCAACCGUACCAAUUUAAACACUAGAAGAAAAUUGUUUCCUUCUUCUUUCAGUUACUUAGGUCUGAAAUCUUAAAUCUUAAUCCCUCCUUUAAGAGAUCUAACUCGUAUCUCUUAUUUUUGAAACGAACAAAUCAAAUGAAGACUUUGCCUUUUGUUAAGUCAGGCUUGAAAAAAUUCAUGUCGGCGUUUUUUCCCCCAAUGGAAAUAUAUUUCUGCUCAUCAGUUUAGAGAAAAUGAUGAGAUUCAUUUGUCAUUUCUAGUAUUUCAUUUUGAUGGCUACUGAACCUAGCAGUGGCAACUUAAAUUUACCUUUCGAUCUUAAACUUUUAUUUAUUUUAUCAAGAUACCAUCUCGACAAUUGUACUUUCCUUUCUUUCUCAUCCCAUCUCUUCCAUCAUUCUAGCAACUGCCAUCAAACAAUGACCACUGAUUUUCUUUGCAAUUUUUUGUGACUCAGAAUUUUUAAAUUGUUGACUAUUAUUACUUGAUCUCAAAUCUCAAUCUUGUCCACAAAUCGCAUUCUCCAUAAUUCGCUGAAGCCCACUGUCUAAAAUAUCUUUUGCGAUGGUAAAGGUAACUUGUUCUAAAGAAGGUGCCUCUUGGGAUUUGCUCUUUUAAGAGUUUAGAUCCAGAAUUAAUUGCAGUUUCAACAACCAGUGGCAAUGAUCGUUUCACAUGUUUUGAUAACCAAGUUUGCUGUUAAAUUAGGAGAUCUCUCCUUUUUAGCUCUCUAAACAUGCCAUUACUUUAUUUCAUAAUUACGCUAGUACAUUUUAUGUAUUAAAGCUUUUCAUUGCCUCAAAUAUUAAUGACCCCAAUUCAUUAUAGAACUAUGGGUGCCUUUGAAGAUUUUACAUAUAUGAUGUUAUCGGACUUAAGUUUAAAUAGUGUCCAAAUUUUUCCCAGCGUCAUCUGAAAGAUUUAAUCUCUUACUUAUUUCCUCUCUUUAUUUUAAAAGAAACCAUCAUAAUAUGCCUCUCAUCUUAUGCUAAGUAUUUAAAAAUUGAAUUCUGUUUCAAAAUGUGUGAAUAUAUUUCUCUGCCCAUGAGAAUGACCAAAUAUGAGGCUAUUUUAUAUAGUUUAGGUAUUUGAUGUUAACAUGUCAUGGGGUUUCAUGAGUCUUUAAUAACUUCACAGUUCAUACUGAAACAUUUUCUAAUGCCAGUCAGUUGGAUCAGCUGCAUUGCUAGAAUAUCGACAAAGUCAGUUUUCCCUUUCAAUAAAAGUGAAGCAAUUCACAAUUUUCGAGGAAAGAUUCCCUGAUGUCAACUUAAAGUUGCGAAGGAAAGUUACCAGUUAUACUUCUCCAGUUGGAUUUUUCUGUGAGAUCAGAGUAUUUAUUUUUGUAUAAUUUAUUUUUCAUACUUAAUUGUGUUAAUAUUGUGAAUAAACUGUAACAAUUGUACAUUAUGAACUAGGGAUGAGUUUUCCUUAAGGGAAGUAAGUUCAAAUGACUGGACCGGUUAGGCUAAUUCUAGAGUGAAUUUGAACCCAUUUUGGUUUUUGAAAGAAUCACUCAAUCUAGAUUCUAAUUCUUGUUUUUAUCUGGAAAUCAGACGGUCUCUGAAGGACAAGUUUGUGUCCUUAAUUUCUUCAUUCGAAUUUGUGUAUUUUAUGAAAUGAUUUGAUCAUAGUUCCUUUGUUUUUAUGUAACACUGAUGCUCUCGGAGCGCUGUGUGACCGAUAGAUUUGCUUUACUGGUCAAUUAUUGUCAGUAUUCUCCGACAUACCAAGAAGAAAAUUUUGGUUUGUGGGACAUUAUUAGCUCAUAUUCUCUCACUUCUGUUUUGGGCAACCUAGAACUGUAGAUCACGUCUCACUUAAUUUAAGUUGUUAGAAUGUGUCACUAAAUUUUUCCUUCUCCAAUUUUGUAAGGAUUUUAUCCUUAUCAAACACCAAGAAUAUUUGAAAAGCAAGUUAAACUUAACCCAAAAUAUUCCUCUUUUCUCUCAAAUUUAACAAAAAAAAAAUCAAAUAUUGUGGAUUUAAGUUUGGAAAGUGCUUUGUUCCCUCAUUUGCAGUCCUCUAUGUAAAUGUACCUAAUUGAUCUGCAGGGCAUAGCGGGGAAAGACCUUGCAAAAUUAUUUAUGAUUUUAAGUUUUUAUGCGUAUCAAGCAAUUCUUUUAUAAUUUCCUCAAAAAAGACAAACAUUAAAUGAUUCUUCAGUGAACCUUGCCUUUGCCUCAUGACAUUCUAACUUACAGUUAUACCAUUUUAAUUUUAAGUUACCACCUUUUCACCUAUUUCAAGGAGGCUCUUUUUAAAUUGUUGAACAAUACUACUGUGAAAUUUCAUACCGCAUUAUGAAAAAUCUUUCUUCUUGUACGAUACUAUCCAUUUCUUGUUAUGCAAAUUUGAAAAUGUUACUUUUCUAAGAGCUUUUCGAAGUUUUCUAUUUAUAUUUCAGCACUUGUUCAAAGUAGCAAAUUUCAGCAGUUACAUACCAUUUUAAGGAGGUUGAAGUUUUACCUUUUCUUGAACUCAAAUUAAUUUUUACAUUUCUGUAGGAGGGAAAAAUUGUAAUGUUAAUUCUUCUUUUCGUCAGUUUUCCAAUGCAAUCAAUGUCUGCAAUUGUGCCAAUUUUAUUCUUUUUCCAGAAAAUUUGUCAGAAAGAUUUUCCCUAGGGAACUCGACAUUUUUUCAUCGCUUUGAGUUUCCUAUACACUUGUUAUCAAAAGGAGUGCAAUUUUUUUUAAUCAUUCAACCUCCUCUGCUCUCUAUGUUCAAUAAAUGGAGGGUAGCAACUCAGUUUAGGUGUUUAAAUUGAAGUUCUUUUCAUUUCAGCAGAAACAUGCUGAGUCUCUCUCAUGUGAAAAAAGGAAUCAAUUUGAUUGUUUUGACAUCAAUUGUGACUUGCUAAACAGUAGUAAAACUUGUGUCCUCAUAUUUUAAAACGGAAAUCCUCACCUCAUUCUGAACUUAUAAACUCCUCAAAUCAAACGGCUGGAUGUUACAUACAGAAUUGUCAUAAAUAGGGAGGUUUCAAUGUUUCAUCAUCUUUAAAGUUUUCUUAUUUCUCUGAGCAACUCUCUGUUACUUCUCUUACUUUUUGAAUCUAAUGGUUUACAGUGUUACUAUUAGUUUUCAUGUAAGAAAAUUGAAAUGAAAUUGUCAAAAAGAAAAAAAAUUGUCUCUGUUGAGGUAUGAUCAAACAAACAAUGUGUUUUUAGUUUUAUGAUUUAAUAGUUAAUUUUAGCUCUUUGAACCCCUCUUAUGUACGUCUUUUUCCGUAUUUAUGGGGCAGCCAAACAGGUGCUUGAAAGUAAGAUUUAUUUUCUUUUCGAAAAUGAAAUUUCAAAGAAAAAUCAUGUAAAUUCUUUUUUGCUAUCACAGCAGUUAUCAGUCGCUUUGUGUCUGUUUUCUUUUUUGAAUCCUCUCAGAGGCGAAUAUUGUGCUUGAUUUAUUCUAAUGAUCUACAUUUUUCAAUACCAUUUGAAUGGAAAGAGUACCAGUGUUUUUGAAAAACAGUAUUAAUAUUGUUCUUGUGUUCAAUAUAUUUUAAAAACAAAAAUCAAACACUCAGCUUGUCAUAUUCAUUUCUACGAAGAAUUAUUUUCCAGGCAUUUUGAAAUGUUUACCUUACUAUCAAUUCUCUUCAUCUUUCAAAUUUUUUCAUGUGAUAAAAACCCGUGUUGAGUUUUUUUUUCUUUGUUUUGUUAUUUUUAGGGUGCAUUUAAUGCGAGCCUGAAUUCGUGUGAUACAAACCGCUUCUUUUUGAAAGAUUUGUCCUACGUAGGUAGUAAUUAUUGAGUUUUUGUUUUAAAUCUCAUACUUGAUGUAACUAUCACAUUUCAAGUGUUUCAUUUCAUUGUCAUCAAAACGAAUGAGACAUCCAUUUCGUGAUUUGAUUUUUGCUUGACCACCGAAUAUAAACUAUUUGUCAUCUAAA